AUGCUGUGCCCCCGCUGCUUCCUCCUCCGCGCCCCCCGCCGCGCCUUCUCCUCGGCCCGCCCCGCCUUCCAACUCGCCGUCAACGCCAACACCGCAACUGCCGCCGCGCCGCGACAAGGCGAGCCUGACUCCCACACGCCUCCCGCCGCUACCUCAACCUCCGCCGCUCAGCCCUUCAGUGCCCCAUUGACUCCUGGCUCCGUCGAGUCGGCCAAGCCCCCCGCUGCCCCCGUCCUCGUCCAGAGCUCCGUGCCCGCCGGCACCCCGCUGAAGGGCCUCAACUUCCUUAAGAAUAAGCAAGACCCUGUUGCCCUCGAGGAUUCGGAAUACCCCGCAUGGCUGUGGACCGUGCUGAAGUCCAAGACUGCCUCCAAGGAGGCUGAAACUGAAGGCGAUUUGUUUUCGAAAUCCAAGAAGCAGCGGCGCCUUGCCGCCAAACGGCUUCGCAAGCAGGCUCUUCUGAACCCGGACGCGCUCGCGCCCAAGAUACCCAUCUAUGAGCAGACCGUAGACCUACCGGGUGGUGACGGAAGCGUCAAGGGAAACGUCGAAGCGGAGAAGGCGAGAGAAACCCUCACCAGGGCCCUGCGUGCAAAGAGGAGGAGCCAGAUCAAGGAGGCCAACUUCCUGCAAUCUAUGAGCUAA